UCAAUUGUCUAUUAUUUCCAGUAUUCAUCUCAAUUUCCAUUGUUUCAGGUUAUUUUGCACUACCAUCCAUUUACUGUCUGGCAUGGAUCUGUCUCGAUGUCCUCUUCUGUACCGCCUCUAUAAUGCACCUGUGUACUAUCAGCGUGGACAGGUAUCUGUCCUUGAGGUAUCCCAUGAAAUUCGGAAGAAACAAGUCCAGGAGGAGAGUUAUUCUGAAGAUCAUCUUCGUGUGGCUUCUGUCGAUUGCCAUGAGUCUACCCUUGAGCCUGAUGUAUUCCAAGGCGAAUAUUUGCCGGAGCCAAAGAUUUGCUCUUAUAAGGACCAUUUCACUCAUCACAUAAUUGCUUAUCGCGAAAACAUUUGCUGUCUUUUAAUUCUGAUUGGUCUAAGGGUUGAUAUUUUCAACGAUGUAACCAUGGAAUGCAAAGAUCAAGGUUCCCUGAUAGUUGAUGGUACCUGCCAAAUUCCAGAUCCACUGUACAAAUUCAUAGGGUCAAUUAUCUGUUUCUAUAUUCCGUUGCUGGUGAUGUUGGUGACAUAUGCAUUGACUGUCAGUCUGCUAGCCAACCAGAAGCAAAAUUUGGGAACUCCGGACUGGUCCAGUAACUGGAUGGGAGGACCCACCACAACACCACUAGGUAGGUGCGAGAAGAAUAGGAUGAUGAAAUAG